GCCACAACUUUUCUUCAACCACCACCAAAUUUUUAAUAACCCUUACAUCCAACAAUAUUUGAAGUUUGAGUCAAUGGCGUUGGAAGAAUUAUCAUUCUUCACAGCUUUCACUCUUCUUAUCCUUUUUCUUACUUUCAUCCCUUUAAUAUCCUUUUCUCAACCAAACUCUGUUCAUUCUCAUGGAGAAGUGUCAUCACAAUUUUUGUUGCUGAACCAACUUCAUGGAUCCCAUAAGGGUGACAAAGUGAAAGGUAUCCACCAGCUGAAGAAAUACCUUCGACAGUUCGGCUACUUGAACUAUGCUCAGAUUGAUCAUUUUGAAAAUAACAACCACGAUGAGUUCGACCAGUUGUUAGAGUCCGCCAUUAAAACGUACCAAGAGAAUUACAAUCUCAAAGUCACAGGGACUCUAGAUGUUUUGACGCUAGCACAAAUGUCGAAGCCUCGAUGCGGAGUUGCAGAUAUCAUCCAUGGCAAUACUUGGAUGAGAGCAAGCAAGAAAAGAAAUCAACUUGGGCAUGGAAUUGGGCAUUUUCAUACGGUUUCUCACUAUGCUUUCUUGGGAGGAAAUAUCAGGUGGCCCAAAUCUCACCUUACUUAUGCGUUCAUUCGUGGAACUCCACCAGAAAUGGCAAGUCCGAUUUCUCGAGCUUUUGCAACUUGGGCUGCGAACUCUCACUUCACAUUUUCACAAGCUUUGGACAACCAAACUGCAGACAUAAACAUAGAGUUUGCAAGUGGUGAUCAUGGAGAUGGGAAUCCAUUCGAUGGUGUUGGGGGAGUGAUAGCCCAUUCUUUUAUGCCGCCAGACGGUCGGUUUCACCUCGAUGCCGACGAGUCUUGGGCGGCCGGUGUUUUUUCUGGUUCGUUUGAUUUGGAGACGGUGGCAUUGCAUGAGAUUGGACACCUUCUCGGCCUUCAACACAGCUCCAUUGAAGGGGCUAUCAUGUGGCCAUCAAUUCCUAAAGGAGCUUCCAAGGGUUUGCAUCCUGAUGAUAUUGCAGGCAUUAAGGCUUUAUAUGGUACAAAAGUUAUGCCAAAUGCACCUGAAGUUAUGCCAAAUGCGCUAACUCGUACUCUCAAGUCAUCUUUUAAAGAAUGUCAUAUUGGUGCUUAUAGUUAAGAAAAAGUUAAAUAUUCUUGACAAUAAAAAGUGACAUUAUUAACUUCUUUUGUGACAAGGGAAAAAUGUCACUAUAUAUUCUUUUUUUACAUUUUAAACUUAUAGCCAAUAUCCAUAACUGUUACGCUUGUGGUCGACUGUUAAUCUUUUCUUUUAUUCUGUUGAAUAUUUUGUCUUUGACUUUGUGUGAAUAUUCUUUUCUUUUUGGUGGCA